UGUAUGCAUAGCAUAAUGACUGAAUUUUCUUUAUGGCAGGAUAAGAUUGGGAAUCCCCCAGGGAUCCUCAAAAGUGAAACUGUUGAUCCAUUGCCUGAUCUUUUGAAGGUCAUGAUUAGAAGGCUUGUAAAGUGGCAUGUGAUGCCUCCGACUUGUGUUCCAGAUAGCUGUAUUAUCAACAUUUAUGAAGAGGGAGAUUGCAUACCACUGCAUAUUGACAAUCAUGAUUUUGUGCGCCCCUUUUGUACCGUUUCAUUCCUUAGCGAGUGCAACAUUGUGUUCGGUUCCAACUUGAAAAUAGUGGGUCCCGGUGAGUUUGCUGGUGCAAUUGCAAUACCGUUGCCAGUGGGAUCUGUACUGGUCUUGAAUGGAAAUGGAGCUGAUGUAGCUAAACACUGUGUGCCAGCUGUGCCUACUAAAAGGAUUUCAAUCACGUUUAGAAGAAUGGACGAAUCUAAAAGGCCAGUUGGAUAUGUUCCUGAGCAAGAUUUACAAGGGCUGCAGCCCUUGUCAUAUGAAACAGACAGACAGAAGAAAUCGAACUCCUCAAAACCAAGGUAUUCUGCAAGAAAACAGUCAGCACUACUGGAAGAGAGCAUGGAAAGAGUAAAGAUGCCAAUGAGAAGGCAUUCAGAGCCCCGUUACGCAGGUCGAUAUCGACAAGGACCUGCAAACAGACAGAGGUUUAGCGUGAAUACAGAAAAUUGAAGGUACAUUCGGACUUGAUUGUUUUGAUCCAUCGUCAUCUGCUAAAAUUAAUGGCUCUGUUGGUGGAGGUCUAUUCUUAUCUUCACCUCGAGCUGUUGAAGUAUUAAAAUUCUGAAGAGCUUGCUGCUUGAUACUCCUUUGGAUGAAUAUCUUCUAAAAUAGAAGUUUAAUCCUGCUCUCUGCAUUGAAAUCUUGUACUACAAUAAUUUCUGGAAACCAGGUAUGAAUGUGAAGGAACAAUCAAGCUGAGAGUGGGAAAGAGUGGUGGUCAUGUGAUCUAGAGAUGGAUGGAUAAUAUAUCUGAUCUGAUAAUAUAUCCGAUGUAUGUGUGGUGUUCCAGUUUGCGGUGGUAAUAGCGUGUAUGUAUAUCACGAGGCAGCUAUGCAAAUAACUACUUGGCAGCUUGGAUAAACACUGCUGAAGAUUGGACUGUCUACUUGAAUAAUGCACCUUGUGAAGAAUUAAGUCCAUCCAUGUACACUUGAUAUUGGUGAAGCUUACAUGGUAUUCAAUUCAUAUGUCGUAGGUUACAGUUAUUUGCGCACAAGCUUUUGUGCUUGCUUACUACUGUAAUGUUUUCUCCUAGUGCUUGUAUCGUUAAUCGGUUGAGCUUAAACAUUGAGAGCUAAGUUAUUUUGUCUGACAGUCUUUGCUUUUCUA